AUCCGCUUGUGGUGUUUCCGCACUCUUGGUCGUUUUUUCACAUUCGAGCUCGGUGUCCGUAAGGGGCACAAGCUUGUCACGACUGGACCAUACGCGGUCGUACGCCAUCAAUCGUACGCGGGAGCAGCUCUGCUGUCCAUCGGCCUGUUCAUCUUGCACGGAUCGUGGUCUUCGUUGAUCAGACGCUCAGGGGUUUUGAACAUCCCUGGACUAACAGCUGCAUGAGGAUGAAACGGUGAAGUCAGUCUCCAGAGCGGAGUGGGAG